AAUUUAUACGACUUCAGUUACCGUUAAGCAAACAUAGAUGGCGACUAUCGAGCGUUCUCCAUCAGCAUUAGAUUAUUUAAAUCGUCCAAAUCUUCUCGAGGUUGUACUAGAAAAGUCAAAAGCAUUAAAAAAUGCAAAAGCUAUUAGUUUUUUAUUUUAUGUUGCACGAUUAAAUGAAAGCGAAUUUUCAAUACAAAACUCGAUACUGAUUUAUGAACGAAUUUUAAAAGUAAUUACUGUCACAAAUAAAGGCAUUGAUACCUCGUCAGGGAUUUUUCUUUUUUAUUCGGGAAUUAUUUUACACGUAAUCGAGGCUCCAGAGAUACUUUUAUUUGAAAUUAUUAAUGGAAUUACUAGUGAGAAUUCGAUAAAGAAUUCAAAAGUUGUUCUUUAUUCAAGUAAUGUCCCUUUUAGAUUAUUUCCACAAUUUUCAAGUCAAUUUUUGAAUCUUCCAUUUUUGGAUUUUGAUGAAACAAAGCUUCAAGAGUCUAUAGAAAAACAAAUCAGUGAAGCUUUAGCAAUGAUUGCUACACUUUCAAAAGAAAUAAAUAAAGUUCCCAGGAAACUGUUAAAGUUGUUUUUUGAAGAACUAUCUUCCAAACAUUCUGAUCUUAUUUUACCUAUAACUCUAAUUGAUAAUUUGUUAAAAUCAAAUGACCUUUUUAGUUUGGUCGCAUUUCAAGAAAAACAGCAUUCAUCAGAUAUAAUAGUUUCAGAAAGUGAGCUGGUUUGGCCAAUAACUGCUCUUUAUUUUCCAGCUAUAUAGUUACUGAGAAAAUACAAAUGUGCUAGAAUUGUACUGCAAAAGCACAUAUUAGCACUAAUGCUUAAUUUUUUUAUAAAUCAAAUAAUGCUAGGUACUAGCUAAACCAGCUUACUUUCUAGAAUUUUACUUAAUAAUAUAUCAGUUUAUUAGGUAGUAGAGAAAUGAAGGUGUUGUUUUAUGAUAUGAAAUUAUGAAUUUUUAUUUAUAUUUGACAAUUUUAUAGUUUAUAUGGAUUUUAAAAAGUGCAAAAGUACAA